AAACGACAACAACAACAACAACACAACAAAAAGAUGGAUUCGUGUUUAACGGUUGAGAGAGAAAUUGACAAAGUUUUGACUAAAUUUGGCGGUCUUAACGAUCACUCUGUAGACACUUUAGAAGAUUUCAUCAACUCCAUUGAAAAUCUACGUAAGGAGUUGGCUGCGGGUCCAGCUGAUGGGGAAGUUCAGGUUACACAAUCGCUGGUAAUGACCCAGGCCCUACACAGAGUACAGGAAGCAACAAGUAGGAUGGGACAAGAACACAAAGAUCUUCACAGUACAGUCUCCAAAGUCGGGAAAACUAUCGACAGGAAUUUUGUAUCCGAGUUCAGUGCAGUAUUUACGGAGAGUUCGUUUGAGAAUGAAGAAACACAGCUACUCCUUAAUGAAAUAAUUUGUGAGCACUUUCUAAGGCAAGGGAAACUGGAUAUAGCAGAAGCUCUCAAUGAGGAGGCAGAUCUGAAUUUAGACCCAUCACAAAUGGAGCCUUUUCUAGAAUUGCACAGAAUUCUGGGGGCACUGAAACGUAGAAAUCUUCAACCUGCUCUUAGUUGGACAGCUGCAAAUAGAGAUAGUUUACAAAAUCAGGGGAGUAACCUGGAGUUUAAGUUACAUAGAUUACAGUUUAUAGAACUAGUCUCUCUGAAUCCACAGAAUCAAACACAGGCACUAGAGUAUGCCAAACACUUUGCCAGAUUUGCAGACAAACACGCAAGAGAGGUACAAGUGCUGAUGGGAAGUCUAUUAUAUAUGAAACAGGGAAUACACACAUCACCAUAUGCAUUUCUUCUUGACCCUAUUUACUGGGAUGAGAUUUGUGACGUAUUUACCAGGGAUGCAUGUGCUCUUAUGGGAAUGUCCGUAGAAAGUCCACUCAGUGUCAGUAUUCGAGCAGGUUGCAGGGCUUUACCGCCACUGUUAAACAUACGUCAAGUAAUGCAACAGAGACAGGUGUCAGGAGUGUGGACAAGUAAAGAUGAAUUACCAGUUGAGAUAGAUCUUGGUAAUGAGCAUCGUUACCACUCUAUAUUUGCGUGCCCAAUUCUCCGCCAACAAAGUACGGAACAUAACCCACCUGUAAGACUUAUCUGUGGUCAUGUGAUCUCAAGAGAUGCCCUACACAAACUUGCCUCAGGAAACAAGUACGUGUCACAGUUUGGAGUAAAACAACUGGUGAAAUGUCCUUACUGCCCGGUAGAGCAGAAUCCUGAUGAUGCAAAAAUCGUUAUUUUCUGAGUACUGUGUCAGAAUUCACAUGAUGAUGUAAAUGUCGUUAUUUUCUGAGUACUGUGUCAGAAUUCAUAUGAUGAUGCAAAUGUCGAUAUUUUCUGAGUACUGUGUCAGAAUUCACAUGAUGAUGCAAAUGUCGAUAUUUUCUGAGUACUGUGUCAGAAUUCACAUGAUGAUGCAAAUGUCGAUAUUUUCUGAGUACUGUGUCAGAAUUCAUCUAGAAUCUUCACCUUCCUCAAUCCACAUCGGUCUUCUAGAGAACAGAAUGUUCCAUCCACCUGAUAGCACAGCUCUUAUGCAUGUGAAAGAAUUACUUUUUUUGUGUGGCAUGGUGUAGAUUUCUCAAAAUAAUUAACAAUGAGGGUUUAAAAGUCAGUGGAAAACUUUCUGGUAGUUAAAGCAGACAAUUACUAGAAUGAAAAAAUUCUUGAUGUGUUACAAUGAUUCUACAGCAAUAUUUUUCCUCGAAAAAAAUAGAACAGGUAAAUAUUUCAUAGUAAUACUUAUUAUAUGAGGGUUGUCAUGGCUGAACAGUUAACCUGAAAGACAGCUAUCAAGAUAUUUAAUUAUUCAAUACCUUAGUUCAUAAAGGAAGUGCCUGUAUGAAAUAAUGCCCGUAGGAGCAAUGUGGAUCUUCCUCCUCAAUUAAAUGCUGAAAAGUCACCUUAUGACUGGAAAUCAUGUUGAUGUAACAUAAAACCCUAAAAAAGUCAUAAUGUAAGUCAAAGAAAAUUGACCCAUUAGUGUUUGUUUCUACAUUCCCUAUACAAUUUCACCUGUAUUGUUUAGCAAUAUGUAUUAACUUACACAUGAUUUUCUUGCACAACUGCACACUUCUAAUAUUUGUUGUUGAAAAUAGUCUCAAACUUUGUUCACUCAAACUCGCUGGGCCCAUAGAAAUUUCCUCGACCCAUCAGUAGUUCAAGCCAGCCGAAUUUCCAGAAGUGUGAUAUAUAACUAGGUCAAACUGAAUGGAAAAAUAUCUAUGACCUUUAAGGUUUAUUGCAUAUCCUAUUCAGUAUAUUAAAUGAGGAAUGUAUGAAAAUGUUAUAAAUAUAUGAUUUUAUCAAACAAUUUUAUGCUAGUUCAAAAUCAUUAAUUUAAAAGCAGUAUUUUCUUCUUAAGUAGCAUGCACAUGUCUAAAAAUAGAUCUCGGUUCUAGAAUUGUACAUAUCUUAAAGUCUGAGGUAAACAUACUGUUGAUAACACAGAAGACAACUGCAGCUAGUUUAACCUUCCCUUAAAUGUGUAUUUCACUAGAUGUAGAAAGUUUGCACUGCCGAAAUAUGCAAAUUGAUUGUCAGUAAUUGAGAUCUGACCCACAUUUUCCAUUAUUUAAGGAAAAAUGUAUUUUCUGCACAAUAAUAAAAUCACAUAAUGGUUUGCUUCAAGAGUUGCAGCCAUCUUUGUUCGAGCUGUCCAAGAUAGAACCAUAAAGGACAUUAAAGGGUAGAGGGUUUCUGCAAGGACCAGACUUUGAGCAAAGGGUCUGAAUUAAAGUGAACAAAGAUGGACAGUAGCUGCAUUUAUGAGCAAUGAAUAACAAGGAGUAGUCAUAGAAAGGUUGAAGCAGUAAAUUUCUUCAAUUAUGCAUUAUUUGCUGAUUUCAGUAUAAAGUUUAACUUGUAAACUUAAAGCUGCUGCACUGUUAUGAAGAAUUAAUUUUUAGUAAUCAAUGAAAUGUGGAUUUUGGAAACUAAUGUGAAUAUGGGCUGUGAUAUAUUGAAAUAAGGACAGGUUUUACUACAAUUACAUCUACAGUAGUUGGAAUAAAAUUGCAGGCUAUGAGUACUUGAUAUGUUUUAGUAACAAGCAAUGCUAUUUUGAUGAAGGCACUUCUGUAUCCUACAGAUUUAAAUGUAAAGUUGCUGGUCAAAUUGUACUUCUUUCUCAAGAGAUAGCUUGAGAUUUGUGUACUUGUACAAUUUUCUUUUCUGUAAGAUUUUAAUAAAAUAUUUCAGUAAGUCUGUGAGGGAACAAUUUUAAUUUUAAAAUUUGAUUUACUGCUGAAAGUGUUUAUAUUGUAUGAUAUCGCUCUGAUAGUCAGUCUAUUUCUACCAGAUCCUUGUUACUUGCCAGCAUAUAUAUUAUGGUAUAUUUGCCAAUUGCCAGUAUAUAUGGUAUAUUUGCCAGUAUGCCAGUAUAUAUGGUAUAUUUGCCAGUAAAGAAAUCUCAACCUCUCUCUUCCAUCUUUGUAUUUUCCUUCUAUAAAAAAUCAAGAUUUUUGUUUUGUGUAUGUGUUGUAAAUAGUUGUAUAUAAUUUAUUGUUUUGAAGAUGUUGUGUAUAUGAAAUAAAAAUUGAGCAGCAGAA